AUGCCUCACUGCAUAUUUACGGUCGUCAACCUGGUGGAGCGCCGCGUAUUACAACACGCGCCUGAUGCCAAAUUUGGCACCCUGCCGCUGUCUGGCAUCAGUGUACAUUCAGAAGCGCUCCGCCUCGAGAGGCGAACGGCCAAGGCCAAGGUCACGAGGCGCACCUGCUAUCGCCACGCUAGUCUGCAAAAUUACCUUGGGUAUCUUGUUAAAUUAAUCUCCAUGACUUCCACAGCCUCGUGCAAACGGAACGAGCGGUACCCGAAAUCCGUCGGGCCCCAGGGCUAA